CGGAAGUAAUUGUGAGGUCGCGUCUUGCCAUCACGCGUGACGUUGGACUCCUCUGAAUAUUAUCUUUUCCCACCAUUUCUUCAUAACCUCAACCUUCCUCUCCUUCAUCAUAUCAUCUGCGUCAACUUUAAGACGUGGUUCAAUUUGUCUUGGCCUUGAUUGGCUCCUCAGUCAUGCCUACGACCAAUCGCCGUCCACUAAGUACACGCACUCUGCCACUUCAAGUUCCACCUACCAUGUCUCCCCUCAAACAAGGACUUCGAUCGGCCUCGCUGUUCCUCAAACGUCCCCGAUCACCCGACCCUGCAGGAGAAAUUCCCGAAUCCGUCAAGCGGCCGAGAGCUGCUCCAAUAGAAGCCACCCACGGCGAGGACCGCAAGGAUAAGGAACGAAAGCGCGUAGAACGGGAGGCUCAGAAGGCCGACUUUCGUUUCAAGUACACUCGUGCAUUUCCUGGAUGGGUCUUCUACUUCGACUUAGAUUUGUCGGAUCCUGAGAGCGCUGCCCUGCGAGAUUCGUUAACAGCGCGGGUGAUCCACCUCAAAUCACAAGUGGAUGACUUUUUCUCCAAUGAGAUCACUCAUCUUAUCACUAAUCAACCUAUCACUCCGAUCGACCCUACGGCAAACAAGGAGAAUAAAUUGCAAGGCUUCUCCGCGCGAGCCAGCUCGCUGAAAAGCCCAAUCAAGCUCCGUGGACGUAAUAUUGAGGAUGUCACCUCGCAGAGCUUCAACCUUGUGGAGAAGGCGAAAGCCUUUAACAUGAAAAUUUGGAGCCCGGCAAAACUUGACAGCAUCCUGGAACGAUGUGAUGUUCCAACUUUUGCGUGCUCUUCUACGAAACCUCCUGCACAAACCACGUCUCUUGCCCCUGCUUCCAACAAGCGGUCACUAUCUAGCUUACUUCAAACCGAACGCCUUCAUGGUACCACCACAGAACGUGACCCCACUCAAAAGCGACAUGAUUAUCGAUAUUUCUCAAAGCAGAGUUAUUUCGUGCUUAUAGAAGACGUGCGGCAGGAGUUGGCGACCAUUCACGCUCUGGAGUAUCCAAUACAACGGGGACACGACGGGAAAGAGCAACCCGCGUAUCCCGUCCUAUACUGUGAUCCAAGGUCCAGAGGGCCUUUUGUGAAAUUUGAUGAAAGGGAAAGGCGACGUUGGGAAAAGGCGCAAAAGGCGGAGAGGGAAAACGAGAACGAACGUGCGGAAAAGGUGGCUAAGGCGCUGAAGCGCAAAAGGCAGGCAGAGGUGCAGAUGCUCUCUCGCAAAGCUGGCGACCUCCGCCGUUCAGUGUCGAUGAAUAAUUUACAUCGCCAGGCAACUAUUGAAGAAUACGUUGACCUCGACGCUGACUACGGCGAUGGGGAUACAAGAGAGUCAGCGACCGCCUCGGGCUACCUUGCUUCGACAGGUGUUGGGUCAUAUGUUGCAGCAUCCGGCAACAGUGUUGGUAUUACAUCCACGAGAGGCACAACAUCCAACGCGAGCGGCGCGUAUAGAACGCUGGAACUACCUGCUUCUCUUCGGUCCAGGAUUCAGCAACAAGUCGUGACAUCUCGCAAGGCCCCGAAUGCAACCCACACUCUCAGCCGAAAAGCAGGAGGCAUGGGCCCACCCCUUACGAUUCCAGAUCGCCCGAAUGGGCUACUCAGGAAAAGCCGGAGUACGAACACCCUUAGAUUGCCAAAACGCGACGAAGGGAGCAAGCCUGGUUAUUGUGAGAGUUGUCGCGUCAAGUUCGAUGAUUUCGACACGCAUACACAGGAGCGGAGGCAUCGCAAAUUUGCCAUGGACGACGCAAACUAUAUUCAGCUUGAUUCCGUUCUUAAUCGCGUUCGACGUCGGACCCGUGAAGAGGCCGACGAAGAAGAGCGCAUGUGGUCUGAGUGCGGAUAUGACGGCAUAUCGCGAAGUUCCGAGGUACCUGAGACGUCACAGUGUUCACAGCCAGCUCAAGACGAUGACGAGUCUAUGUGGGAUGAGGAAGAUGCUGAGGGGGAAGUGGAUCUGGAUUUGUGAGUGGCAGUGGAUCGAUAGACUUUGGUCCUGUCCAAGAUGUUUUUCUUUGCAUUUGGCUUUACUUCAUUGAUUUGUGUCACUUCACACAGCACUUGUAGCAUAACUCUAGCAUCUUCAUUUGCCAAUGC